AUGGCAUAUGAAUCAUUACAUACAAUAUUAUUAAAUGCUUUGGAAAAAUUAUUCUUAUUUGGUGAUGAACGAAACGAGGAUGUAGACGAGUGGUUUGAAGAAAUUACGAUUGGAAUGAAUUUUGCAAGAUUAAAUGAUAAUCAAAAGGUACGUAUUGUUCAUACAUAUUUUAUCAGUGACGCAAGAAAAUGGAUCUUUAACAAUAUGUCAGUAUUAGAUUCAUGGCCAAAUUUUGUACAAGCGAUUAGAAGAGCAUAUGUACCACCUAUUCAAAAGCAAAUUCAAUGCGCAAAUGUUAUGAACGAAUCAUUCGAUAAGAUCGAAAAUUAG